GUGAAUUCUCAGCCAAUGUAGUUCAUUAUAUUUGCACAACCGUUCAAAAGUAUGGGGUCACCCAGACAAUUUCAGUUUUUCCAUGAAAACUCUCACUUUUAUUCAACAGUUUUCAGCUGUGCUAAUAUAAUUGCACAAGGGUUUUCUAGACAUCAAUUAGCCUUUUUAUCACGAUGAGCUAAACAAUGUAGGUUAGAAUACAGGAGUGAUGGUUUCUGGAAAUGGGCCUCUGUAGACCCAUGUAGAUAUUCAAUAAAAAAUCAUCAGUUAACAGCUAGAAUAGGCAUUUACCACAUUUACAACGUCUAGACUGCAUUUCUGAGUUAUCUUCAUUGAAAAAUAAGGACAUUUCUAAGUGACCCUAUACUUUUGAACAGUAGUAUAUAUCAGGGUUAUUCCAUCACUAGUCCAAAAUGAAGCAUCACUUGUUAAUGAGGGCAGGCCUGUGGCUUGAGACUGGUCGGGUGACCGCGGCGCGCUUCCCAUUGUGCUGUUCUUCCGUCUGGGCGUGGGUACCUGGCAGGUGACAGCCACUCCGGGGGCGUGUCCGUCCAACCUGCUCCUCUCCAUAAAACACAAAGUCAAAGUCACUCAUCGCCCGCGCUGCCGAGAGAGGGAUGAGUGUUAAACACGGGACAGGAUGAUUGCCAAACAGAUGGAGGAGGACCGUCUGUCCAACAGCAGCAGCACCGGCGGCGCGCCGGGCGAGAACGCGGAGGAGGGCGUGUGUGAGCCCGAGCUGGCGCUGGACGCGUCCCACGGCGCCUCGCCCCGGGACCGCACGAGGAACUGGGGCUGGCUGCUGUCGGGCACGGUGUUCCUGAACCUGGUCAUCCUGGGCACGGCGCUGGUCUCCGCCUCCACCUUCAACAGCGCGUUGUUCGGCUCGGCCGACCUGCAGGUGUUCCUCAUCGUCAUCAUCCUCAUGACCACGCUGUGGAUGCUGUACUACCACGUGUACACCUCCAAGGAGGAGCACGCCGUGCUCUACAAGGACGGCCACGCCGGCCCCGUCUGGCUCAGGGCGGGACUGGUUCUGUUCGGUCUGCUCAGCCUGAUCAUGGACGUCUUCAAGGUGGCGAACUACGCCGGCUACCUCCACUGCGACUCGGCCGUGAAGGUGGCCUUCCCGGUGGUGCAGGCGGUUUUCCUGUUCGUCCAGACGUACUUCCUCUGGUUCCACGCGAAGGAUUGUGUGCAGCUUCAACGAAACAUCACACGCUGCGGACUCAUGCUAACCCUCGCCACCAAUCUGAUUCUGUGGAUGACAGCGGUGACCGAGGAGUCCGUCCAUCAGACAGACAUCCCGACGGAUGAUACGUACAACACCUCCAAGCUGUCUGCACGGAGGAUAUACAUUCUGAGAGCCAGCUACGGUGAAGACAACUGCAAGUGCAGCUACUCCUCGUGCAGCAUCUUCAAGGAGGCGUACUACUACCUGUACCCCUUCAACAUCGAGUACAGCCUCUUCGCCUCGGCCAUGGCCUACGUCAUGUGGAGGAACGUGGGCCGGCUGACCGAGGAGCACGCCCACCACAAGACGCGCUUCCACGCGCGGGACGUGCUGGCGGGCCCCGCCCUGGGCGCCGUGCUGGCGGUGGCGGGGCUCGCCACCUUCGUGGUGUACGAGGUGGACGUGGAGAAGGAGGAGGAGAGCGCCGCCCGCAAGGACCGCGCCGUCAUGAUGCACUUCGUGGUCAACCUGGUGAUCGCGUGCCUGCUGUCGGCGGCCAGCGCGCUGGGCUUCGCCGUGUUCCGCCUAGAGCACCGCGACCUGCUGUCGGAGAAGAACCCCACGCGCAGCCUGGACGUGGGGCUGCUGGUGGCGGCGUCCGUGGGCCAGUUUGUCAUCAGCUACUUCACCAUCGUGGCGGUGGUGGCCACCGGCGCGCGGGGCUACCUCAACGGGCUGAACCUGGCCUGGGCCCUCAUGACCAUCGUGCAGCUGGGCCUGCAGAACCUCUUCAUCAUCGAGGGGCUGCACCGCGAGCCGCACCACGAGCCGGCGCCCGUCACCAUCUUCUCCAACCCCUACGUCAUUGAGGGGCUGGGCGAGCUGGGGGACCCCGAGAUGGAGGGCAAGCCGGGGCCCGAGCCGCCGCCGUCGCCCGAGGGCCGCGCCGAACUGCCGCCGCCCGUGGAGCACCGGCACCGGCUGACCUGGAAGAGACGCGUGCUGAAGGAGGUCUGCGCCUUCCUGCUGCUGGGCAACGUCAUCCUCUGGAUCAUGCCGGCCUUCGGCGCCCGGCCCCAGUUCGAUCACAGCGUGGAGACGGACUUCUACAAGUUCACCAUGUGGGCCGCGGUCGUGAACAUCGGACUCCCCUUCGGAAUCUUUUACCGCAUGCACUCGGUGGCCAGCCUCUUCGAGGUGUACGUCAUGUCAUAGCACCGCCGUGCACGGCCCCCAUGGUGCCCGGGGUCCGCUGCCCCACGGCCUCCAUGGCGACCGGGGUCCGCCCCACGGUCUCCAUGGGGACUUGGGUUCCGCUCCACGGUCUCCGUGACGACCGUGAUCCCCUCCACCAUCAGACGACAUCAGGCAUGUCGUGAUUCCCGAUUCCCCGGAAAGAGUUCCAUGGGCCGGCAUCAGCGAAAGAUGCGCAGUGCAAAUCAAACUUUAAAAAAACGUGUGAAUAAGGGUAGGAAUGCUAACCGGAAUAUUUUGGGGUAUGCUGAUUUAUCAAAUUGAUAUAAUGAAUGAUCUGACGUAAAUUAGACGAAGUGUAUUAGGCUGAUCAUCAACAUGCUGAUGAGUUUGGGAAGAACAGGGAGGAGUACAACUGUGAAGACAUCAGCUCAUGAUGAGAGGUGAAGGAUCUCAAGAUUGUGAAGAAUCUCAGAGUGGAAGGGAAAUACUGAUUGAUUCAAUGUUAUUUUUAAUGCCGCCAUCCUAUAAGUCAGUACUUUAAAGAGUAUAGUGUAAUUUGUACUACAGUUCAAUAGCUUGUUUUAUAAAAAAAAAAUUUUUUUACCGAACUGUGAUUCAACAAGAAAUAACUCUACUGCCAACUCUAUAUAGGACUCUGUGACAGUUGCACUGUUCAUAUUCAAAUAUAUAUUUUAUUCAUAUUUUAUUCUUCUAUUUUAUUACCUAUCUUGUUUUGUUAACCUCACUUGUAUAGCAUAUAUAUAUAUAUAUAUAUAUAUAUAUAUAUAUAUAUAUAUAUAUAUAUAUAUAUAUA